UUCGGUUUUGUUGUGAGUCUUUGGACGGGCGAGUUUUGAUUGGAUGCCGAAAAAAACGGGUUUUCCCCUCGAAAACAGAAGUUCUGAGUCCAGUGUGCUUUCUUGCCUCCGCGUGCAACCCGUAGACCGUCGGAGUGUUACACUAGUGUAGACAACUGACUGAAUGCAUCAAAAUUAUUGUCAUGUACAAUAAUAACCCCUUGUAUUAUGUGAUAUUUUGGUGACGUGUUAAUUGAAGCUCACGUUACUUGUACUAUAAUUUAUUUGGUGAGUAACUCUUUGUGUAUGAAUACAUGUACAAACUAGACAGUAUAAGAGACGGUCGAAGACUAUGGGUUGGCCGUGGAGUUCGAGUUUUAGAGGGACGCAGAGAGCAUGGGUAUAUUUUGUUGUCAGUAGCACCCAUUUCCACCCUCUGUGUAGCCAUAAUCCAUGGCGAUUGUGUAGUACAGUCUACACGGAAACCCCCGUGGUGUCAUUCAAAGGACAGUAUUCAAAUGUGGUUGUCAACCUGUGCUUGUUAUCGUCACACCAUAUUGCACCAGCUGUGAGGCAAGGGAGUGGUAGUGAAAUCGUUUCCUUUUACGCGACGAUUCUGCAUCACAUUUCUCAACUGAGUUCGCCAAUCUGCUUGGACAGGAAUAUUGACGGGUCAUUUUACGCGCCGUGUUGGAGAGAACACACACUUUGCAGAUACUAGCGUAGGGGCUAUGGCAGAGCUAUCUGGGCACCCCGGAUCUUAAUGCAUGCGUAGAGUGCAAACAGGGAGAGUCGGCUACUCUUCAUGAAUAUAGGGAGAGGUUGAGAGGACUAACACUUCUUAGCAAUCUGAUGGCAAACAAAAUAUGUCUGUUUCCAUCACAAAAAAGCAUUUUUGCACUCACUUGGCUGAUUUUUUCAUUAAAUAAUACCGUCAGUCACUGGAACAUCGGUUAGUGCUGUAAUUUCGUUUUGGGUAGGAAAAUAUUCAUUUGAUAAGCUUAGUCAGAGCAUUAUGGGACACGAGAGACCGAAUCACGCUGUCCUCUUGCGUGAUAUCGUUCUGUAUAUGAACGUCAUUUAUUUUAAUGUUUGUAUGAUUUCAGCAGAGUGGCAAGGACAUCUGUCAGCCUAUGAGCUAGCCAGCUUCAAUAAUCCUGAUCAAGAAGAUGUACCUCGUGCCCAAACGUUCAACCAUUUCACCUUGAGUGAUCAUGGUGAUGUCUAUGUUGGAGCUGUCAAUUGGUUGUACAGGUUGAAUAGUAGGUUAGAACAGAUACAGAAUGCUUCAACGUGUGAUGACAGUAUGCCUUACAAUGGGAUGCCAUGUCGUCGUACAAAUAACUACAACAAAAUACUGGUAGUUGACAGUACUCGGCCAAACAGUCUGAUAACCUGCGGUGGUGUGUUUGAUGGCACUUGUCAGUUACGACCGUUACAGCAUAUAAACGAUGUAAUGGGUGAAUCGCGUCCUUACGUUGCAGGAUUUGAGGAUGCAACUACUGUUAGUUUGAUUGCUCCGGGAAGAAGUGGAGAAGAAACACUUUAUGUUGCUGUUACUUACACUGGCAUGAAUGUUGGUAAUAUUUUUUCAUGGACGAUAACACGAAGACAGCUUGGGCGCGGUCGCUUUUUAUCAUAUUCAGCGAAUGAAGAUACAGUCGCUCUCAGAAGCUUCGGCGGCAGGUUUAUCAUAAACUAUAUUAAAGGAUUUGACUACAGUGGAUUCACGUACCUUGUUGCCACCCAGGAAGAAGAUUUGAAUUUUGCCACUUAUAUUUCAAAGUUGAGCAGGGUUUGUCAGACGGGCCCAAAUUUGGAUGGAUUCACAGAGAUCACUAUCCAGUGCAGUGGAUCAGAUGGUAGUGUGUACAGCUUGGUGCAAGCAGCUCACUUUGGACCAGCAGGACCAGAUCUAGCGGCUUCACUGGGUCUUCAUGUAGACGAAAAGGUACUGUAUACUGUGUUUGCUAAGAACCAAGGAGCUCCGGAUACCAGUGGUGUACCCACCAGUCACUCAGCAUUGUGUGUGUACAGGAUGACUGAUAUCUUGGCUGGCUUCAAAGAAGCAGUACGGGGCUGUAUUCAGGAUGGAGAUGCAUACUCUGUAGACUAUUUGGAAGGAUCGUUCUGCAACUAUUUUCAGGGAGUUCAGCCAGACAAUUAUCUGUGUAAUCCUGUCGCUGAUGGCAUGACUCAGCUGUACCAGUAUGCCAAAGGGAUUACUCCAGUCUCAUCUACAGCGUUGCUGGAACAGCCAGGUUCCUUGAUGUCAUCCAUCAUCACCAGCAUUGAAUUCAACCACACUGUGGCAUUCAUUGGAACAUCAAGUGGAGGUCUUUUGAAAGUCCACAUUGAAAGUAAUACAACAGCCAGAUUGUAUGAGAGAGUGCCUCUAGGUACCAGCCCAGUACUGACAGAUGUCAAGAUAAACGACACAACCAGAGAGAUUUAUGUACUCACUGAACAAAAGUUGAUCAAGAUGCGUGCCGAGAACUGUGGUCAGUACACCACCUGUGAGGCAUGUAUUGGGACUGAUGCAGGGAAUGAUGGAGAUCCAUACUGUGGGUGGUGCACUUUGGAAAGAAAAUGUUCAAGAUAUUCCGACUGUGACUCCCCGGAUGUAUCUACUCGCUGGUUGGCCUACAACGCUGCUCAAUGCAUUAAUAUCACCAAUGUAGCUCCUUACGACAGCCUGCCAAUUACUGUCACAGAGCAACGAAUCGACCUGAAUGUACAACAGUUACCUGACCUAGCGACUGGUCAGAGUUAUGAAUGUUACUUUGGGUCAUACCGAUCUCCUGCUACAAAGACUGGCGGCGUGCUUACGUGUAGAUCUUCACCUAGUGAUGGGAUACCUGCCAUUCAGCCAAGAGAUGAUGCUGUCAUUGUUAAUUUUAGCGUGUAUUCGACUGAAACAAUGGUCCACUUCAUCGAUACCAGCUUUCACUUUUACAACUGCUCAGUCCAUACGUCUUGUGUAUCCUGUGUUGGUAGUCGAUGGGCCUGUGACUGGUGUGUGUUUGACAACAGAUGUACUCAUGAAAGCUCCACUUGUACUAAAGCUAAUGAAAUCAUCAUUACUGGUGAAAAUGGACCUGGAUCUUGUCCACAGCUGCAAGCUCAAAGUGGUGAAGUUCUUCUGCCUAAUGGAAUCCACAGGAUUAUUACAGUCAGGACUGAAAAUGUACCAGAUGUAGCUCAGAUUUCUAGCUAUGGUUGUAGUUUGGAUAUCGAAGGUGUACCUCAGACUGUUAUGGCGGGGCGUUAUGGAAGGGAUAUCAAAUGUGAGCAGAAAGCUUACACGUAUUUGUCGAAUACUGAGCCAGAGCUCGAAGUGAGGCUGACUGUUACUUGGACUGACGCGACUGGUGCAGCACAUAUCCUUGAUGACAUACAUGGGUUCAGUGUAACUAUCUACAAAUGUGAAGUCCAGAAAUCAGACUGCAGCCGAUGUGUUACAGCUCGUCCAGAGCUCGGGUGUCUGUGGUGUGGUGCCAUGCCAACCGUGUCGGGUGUUUGCAAACUGAAUGAAACUUGCUCUGGAAACGUUGUGACUUUGUUUAAUGGAGUGAACUGCCCUGAUCCAGUUGUCAGCGAGGUGUUUCCUUUGACUGGACCGAUUGAAGGCAAUACAAUCCUUACCGUAAUGGGAACUGACAUCGGUCGAAGAUUUGGUGACGUCGUGGCUGUGAUGGUUGGCAAUCAACCCUGUGAUCUAGACGGAUUAAGCUCCAACUAUGUAAAUGGGGCAAGUGUCAUAUGCAAAACAAUACCAGAACGUGAAGGAAGUCAGUUGGUCACUUUGACAAUCACGGGGGCAGAUGGUACACUGCAGCACAGCUCUGGAGUUGUCAACUUUAAGUUCACAAAUCCAAGGAUUACAUUAUUUGAACCUCGCCUUGGCCCAGAAGCUGGUGGGACUGCAGUAAGCGUGUAUGGCACAGACCUCAACACAGGACGAUAUAUUGCGGCGUUCAUAGGGGAAAAGCCAUGCAUCAUGUCAUCUGGCCCAACAGAAGAAGCUUUAGGGUGUACUACAUCCACCGGACAGGCUGGAAUGGCAAGUAUCUUGAGAGUUUCCUUCGAUGGUGCGAACAGAACAUCAGAUGAGAAGUUUAGUUACACAGAAAACCCUGUCAUCACUCGGGUUCAGCCACUCAAGAGCAUUUAUUCGGGUGGUCGGACGUUGAAAGUGGUGGGCCAACACUUGGAUACCUGCCGAAAUCGUCAGAUUUACGUUGGGGACAGUAGUCUGAUAUAUCAAGAGGUAUGCACAGGGGAUUCCCCCACAGAGAUGCAGUGCAAGUCUCCAAACAUAACAUCACUCCGAAUGAUGAUGGCAAGCAACGAGAACCUGACCUUUGGCUUCAUCAUGGACGGGGUCAUCGAACUAUUGGCAUGGUCUGAGAACAAUGAGGUUGAGUUGGAGUACUUUGAAGAUCCAGUGUAUGUCCCGUUUGAGAAUGAAGAGAUGGAGAAAGGUGGAUCAACACUGACAAUCAUGGGUGAACGGUUGGAUAGUGCAAUCACAGCCCGAGAAAUCCAAGUUAGGAUUGGAAAAGACUUCUGUGAAGUCAACCUGGUCAGUGAUACCGUCUUACAGUGCACUUUACCAAAGAAUGAACCGGCUGCUGGGGACUUCAGAGGUGAAAACGCGGAGGAAGGCCUACCUGUGGUCUGGAUACUUCACAGUAACUUGGAAUUCGUUUUGGGAAGACUGAUCUAUCCCCGUACCGUUCAUGUUCCUGCCAUUGUGGCCGGUGUGGUUCUGUCUUUCUCCAUUGCUACACUUCUUGUUGCUGUUCUCGGUUAUGUGAGGCAGUUACACCGAAAACGCACCCAUGACCAACGACUCCUGAACCGAAUCAUGGAGGUCCAUCUCGAGAUGUCAUCUCACGUCAAGAGGCGCUGGUGGCAGAGAGUCCAGAAACAGAUGGACGAAGGGCCCAAACAAAUGCGCAUUGUUCUGAGCAACAAAGUCAGCUAUGUUCCCGAAGAACUUCACAUUGAGUUAAACCGACUGGAAUUGGGAAAGACACUUGGACAAGGUGCCUUUGGACGCGUACUGCAAGCUGUUCUGCACAGUGAGGCAGGAGAUCAAAUUGUUGCAGUGAAAACAGUGCAAGGUUAGUGGUUAAAGUAUUUGGCAUCUGAAAAU